UGGAAACAUUCAAGCUAUUUAAACGACAGUAUAUGCUGGAGACAUGUAGUUUCUUUUGAUCAGCAUGAUGAGACCCUUAAUUGUGUUAUCUUGCUUAUUAUCAGUCAGUUUGGCGUGGAAUUCAAAUUACUUUCCCGACAAUUUCAAAUUUGGUGCUGCAACCGCUGCCCAGCAAGUAGAGGGAGCAUGGGACGAAGACGGCAAGACUGAAACCAUAUGGGACAAAUUUGUCCACCAGAACCCUGAUAGGAUAGGCGAUCGUUCCUCUCCGGACAUAGCCAGCGAUUCUUACCACAAGUACAAAGAGGACAUAGCUUUGGCCAAGGCUAUAGGUUUGGACCACUACCGAAUGUCCAUAGCUUGGACCAGAAUCCUCCCCACAGGGUUUGCUGAUAAAAUCAACCAGGCUGGAGUGGCGUAUUAUAAGAAACUGUUCGCUGAGAUGAAAGCAAAUGGAAUUGAACCCAUGGUGACGCUGCAUCACUGGGAUCUUCCCCAGAGCCUACAAGACUCUUACGGAGGGUGGUUGAACGAGACGAUUACGGAUCUCUUCGCCGAUUACGCUAGGGUAUGCUUUGAACUCUUUAAGGAUGACGUGAAAAUAUGGCUAACCAUCAAUGAGCCGAAGAACUUGUGCCAUUCGGGAUAUGGCACUGGUGGAGGAGCUCCAGGUGUAAGAGGGAGCGGCGUUAAUGAAUACAUUUGCGCUAGGAACAUUGUUUUGGGACAUGCCAAAGCGUACCACAUUUACGAUCAGGAAUUUCGAGCACAAAAUAAUGGGAGAGUAUCCAUAGUCAUUGAUACUGACUGGUAUGAACCAAACACUAAUUCUGGUGAAGAUGUUGAGGCAGCAGAGAGAGUGUUACAGUUUAAUUUUGGUCUUUAUGGAAAUCCAGUCUACAAAGGCAACUGGCCGGAAGUCAUCAUCAAUCGUGUCGGCAACCGAAGCAGUCUAGAGGGAUUGGAAACUUCCCGCCUUCCGGCGUUCACCGAUGAAGAAAUUCAAUUCAUCAGGGGCACAUACGAUUUUAUGGCAGUCAACUAUUACUCCAGCAACAUGGUUGAAGCUAAACCAGACGCUGACAUCGGCGAUCCAAAUUUUGAUAGCGACAUAAGCGCUACCACAUACAGAGAAUCAUCGUGGCCUACUUGCAAUGGGACACACAUCGUGGAUACACCUUGGGGACUACGCAGUUUUCUCAACUGGUUGAAGACCACUUAUGGAGAUAUUGAAAUUGUUAUUACAGAAAAUGGGAGAUCCGAUAAAACUGGAGUCUUAGAGGAUGAUCACAGAGUUACAUAUAUCCAGGGCCAUCUAAGCGCCUGUCUAGAUGCUAUAUUCACCGAUGGAAUCAACCUGACCGGCUACACCGUGUGGAGUUUGAUAGACACAUGGGAAUGGAGCGGGGGAGUAUCGAUAGCCAUGGGCCUCAACAGAGUGAAUUUCUCGGAUCCAGAGAGAACCAGGACUCCCAGAAAAUCCGCCACGUGGCUGACCGAAGUGAUUAAAAAUCGUUGCUUGGAAGACACCUGUUCGUAAAUGAACACGGCCGUGUUCUUUUAUUCGUCAGACCAAUAAAACAUGCUUUUAUGUAAUAAAUCACAUCAAAAUGAUGAGUAAAACGAAAUAACACUAUUAAUAACCACAAAUAUACUUGUGACUAAUACAUG